CACUGAUGACAUCACUGUCUCUCUGCGCUGUGAUUGGCUGCUGUGUCAGUAGGAGUUCUGACUUUCUGUCAGUCUACAUGAGGAUGAAGAUGAAGCUGCUCCUCUUCCUCUGCUGUGUCCUCUGGGUCUCUGCGGACGUUCUACAUGAGGACCUUGCUAUCGGUGGAUGUUCAGAGAAUGAUCGAGAGAACAUGUAUACUCUGGAAGGCGAAGAGGUGUGGUACGCCGACUUCAAACAGAGGAAAGGAAUCGAACCUCAGCCUCCUUUUGUAGAUCAUGUGACCUGCCCAGAAUGUUAUGAAGCAGCUGUGGCUUAUCAACAGAUCUGCAGAACAAGCCUGGAGACUGCUCUUGAAGCAAUGAAGGACCUUCCUCUAGAAAAUGAUCCUCCAUCCAGCCUGAUCAUCUACAGCAGAGACGAUGUGGACCUUGGAGAGAAGAACUCUCUGAUCUGCCAUGUUUCUGGUUUCUAUCCGGCUCCGGUCAACGUCUCCUGGACCAAGAACGGAGAGAAGGUGACUGAAGGAACCAGCAUCAACGUUCCCUUCCCCAACAAAGAUGCUUCCUUCACCCAGAUCUCCAGACUGGACUUCAUCCCACAGCAGGGAGACAUCUACAGCUGUUCAGUGGAACAUCUGGCCCUGACCCAGCCACUGACCAGGAUCUGGGAGGUGGAGAAGACUCAGGCCGGUGUUGGACCAGCAGUUUUCUGUGCACUGGGUCUGACGGUUGGACUCCUCGGUGUCACUGCUGGAACCUUCUUCCUCAUCAAAGGAAACGAGUGCAGCUGAUUGGCUGGAGCUGAUGAUGUCAUUGAUGAUUCUGUACAUGUUUAUCCACAAUUUUCCUGAAGCGGUUCAUAGGGGGCGCCAUUAUCAACAGUUAUGGGCGAAACUUCCGUCGCAACCGGAAGUAGCGGUUACUUGUUGGUAAAACAAUUAAAAUACUUUAUGCCAUGGGUUAAUAGAUGUGUACCAGGUAAAUAACUUAUGUAAUCAUUUGGUUUCAAUAAUAUGAAUAUACUGCUGUUGGGUCCCGAAAUAAUUCUAGGAGAUUGUAACUAUAUACAAAAUAAUCAACCAAGUAACUUCAGAUGAGGAAAAACCUAGAUAAGUAUUAAGAUAAAUAUUUCCAUACAAAUGUUUCCAUUUUCCACACCUAAAAAUGUAGAAAAUCAAUAUCAUCAAAAACAAGAACAAAGCUUUGAUGAUGAAGUCUGUGAUCGAUUUUUUUCUAUUGUGCGCAUGUGACGUAGUUGGCAUUGGUUCUCAUCAGCAAAUCACAAUGGGACGGGAUCGCUGUUGAGGAUAUUCUAUUUUUAUUUUUUGCAAAGUUUACAACAUGCAUAGGAACCCUGUGAUGACCUGUACUGUACACUGGACUAACCUUCCACAUGAUGGCAGCAGCGUGGCUGCAGGAGCGCCCAGCACCUGCAAUGCAGGUACAACCCGCUGUCUGAAUUUCACCUGACAGCUCCGCCAAAACCCAAGCCUGGUGGUGCGACACAGUCAGGGCUUGACUGGGCUCAACGCUGGCUUUAAGGUACACCAGGUCUUCUCCAACACAACUAAUCAACACGGGCCCUACUUUAUUGCUGUGGAGGUGCUGGUAUGCUUCGGCACUCUUCAUAUUUUGCAUAGCUUCACCAUCGCAAUCCGUUGCGUUGAUUACGUAGCUAAAGAUGUUAGCAUAAGUUUUUCUCGGCCACUUCUUUACCUCAUCCUCCCAAUCCGUAAUUGAGGAGGGAAUGGGCAACGAUAUAUCGCCUCUUCUGAUCACUGUUUUACUGUGCUCCCAUCUCGCCAUCAUGUCUUAAGUGAAGAUCAUGAACCAUUAAAAAUAUAAUACUGUAAAGUAAAUACGCCGGUUGCCAAGCGACAGCGGCUUCAAACCGGAAGUUUUGCCCACAAAUGUUGGCCACGCCCACAACCCGGAAGAAGCCGCAGGAAAAUUGUGGAUAAACAUUUAAUCUGAUCUUGUUUCCACGAGUUUCAGCUUCAGUUUAAUUAGUUUAAAUAUUUUCAGUUAAAAACACUGAACCAGGAACUUCUAGAUUAAACAUUUCUAUUGUAGUUACUUCUAAUUAAAAAACAGAAAACUGAAUUUACUUUUCUCACUAAGCCACAUUUUUCGCCGUCCUCCUGCAGUCCCUUAUCUGCCACAGCUGGUCCUGAUCAGGUCAUCUGCAUCAUGUUUUAGUUCUUGUCUUGGUUUCUGGUUUAUUGUUCUGGGUUUUGUCACGUUUAGUUUUAUGUUUUCCCUCGUCUUCCCGUGUCUGGCUUGUUAGGUCACCUGGUCUGAUUACUCACUCCACCUGUUCCUUGUUCCUCCUCCUGUGCAUAUGAACCCCGUAGUUUUCAGUUUGCUCUCGCUGGUUAACUCCAUGUCCUGUGGUUGGAAAAUCAAACCGUGUCACCUGCACGGUUCUGCCUCCUGACUCGACUGCCUGCAUUUGGGUCCUCACCUCCGCCCAUCGUGACAUCAGUUUAUUUUACUGAUUCCUGGUUUUAUGAUUAAAGUUCUUCAUGAAACUGCA